GAAAAGAUCCAAGAAUCUAUGAAGCCCCCAUCUCUGAUCUCCGUCAAAGGAUGCAGAGAAUUCCAAUAGAAUGCGAAUACAUCCGGUUUGGCGGUCAGUUUGGUGGGCAUCACUUCAGUAAUACCUGUGUACUGGAUUCGCUGUUAGCAGGUAUUCAUAUAGCUGCAGCCGAACACCUCCACAUAGCAGAUCUUUUCAAGGCAGAUCUCACAAUUAGUGCUGUCAUGACCCUCCUAGACUAUCGAAAGUAUGAUGAGGCCAAAGCUCUGUGGCUUAUAAAUUUAGAUCUGCAUAAUUGUAGUGGAAAACUUUUCAUGCAAAAUGACCACAUUGACAUUAGAGGCUACGUCAAGGACCACCUUCCAAACUUUAUGGACCUGACAUGUGCAAAGUACCACUAUGAUGAAGACAGGAACAGCCCUAAUGUGGAAGACCACAUUUACAACAACAUGAUGAGCAAGUUUGAGCACCUUGGCGCAGUGAGAGCCUUGGGCACUACGAUCCAAGACCCCAAACUCAUUCUGGUGGAUGCUGAUGGCCGGCUGGAGGGAUUCCCACCUCGCCGUAUCAUCGAUCACUAUUCCAGGAUAUUCAAUCUCCAGUUUCUUUUGCUGGGGGUGGUGACCCAUGCCUCCAACCAUAUGGUGCUGUGCAGUAGGCUGGAUGGAAACUGGCUGCUGUAUGAUGACACAAGUACACCGCUGUUCAGAACCAUCACCCUCCCCGAAAUAAAGGCAGAAGAUUAUGUGGUUUACCUUGCGGCCUAUGUAAAUGUGCCUACAGAGAACUCAAAACAAGACUGA